GUUUCUUUGCGUGCCGGAGCGAUCUAGUUUGCGAACUCAACACGGUCGUGCCGAUGAUGGCCGCUAUGAGGAAUGAUUCGAGCCCGAUCUUCUAGUUCUUGCAUGAUGUCGAACAACAACAAGCGUGGAUCCGGUAAAAAUAUAAAUAACAAUACGGCGGGCAGUGAUGUCCACGUCGAAGCAAAUAAGAUGAGAAAACUAAACUAUUGAUUAGAUGAUCAAAACAAUAACAAACAGUUGAAGUUGAAGAUGAUCGUAAAGCGACUGCCAGCUUCUGGUCCCUCCCUACUUAUAAUUGAUUUCCUUGAUCUAGAGCAGAUUUUUGUUCUUUUGGUGAAAAGCUUCUUCUAGCAGGUUUGUCACCUGCACUUUUGUUUACCUCUUGCUUCAUACUUCAAUUUCAGGACCCCAGAUUAAAUGCUGAAUUUUAUUGCGAAGCGAGAGAAUAUUGAUAUCUACUGUAGUUCUGUUUACUCCCCUCGAGGACAGAAAGAAUGUCCUUACGUUAUAACAGCAAGUGCUUUAGUCUACUUCUUAGAGAUAGAGUUUUUUUCUCACUCUCUUCUUGCUUGAAAAAUUUGGGCAUGCCCGGUCGUCCCCUGCCGCCGCGAUCCAUUCGGAAGGUUGGUCCUCCCGCCUCUACUGCCUGGCCAUGAACCUGAACAAGCGUGGGCGGGGUGCCGGCGCCGGGGCUGGGUACAGCGGCCUAGAUUUCCUGAAGAACCGCGUGAAGAAGGCGAAACAGGAGGAAACCGCCGCCACCACCGAGGAACCGGCGAACACCAUCCGGGCCGAUGAGGAGGAAACCGUCACCGUUUUUCGCACCAAGGCGGACCUGCAGCGGGAGGAGAUGGAGAAGCAGGCACAGAUGCGACUCGUGGAAAGAGAGAAGAAGCAGCGGGACGCCGAGACGAGGCUGGAAAACUUGAAGGCGAAUUUCUACAAGGAGCGUCAGGGCACGAUGUUUGCAAAGAACAGGCUGCCGGAGGGCAUGAACCUCUCGCCGGAGGAGGAGGAGGAACUGCUGAAGCUGGACAUGACCGAUACGGACGAAAUCAGGAGGAUCAACAGCACGGACUACUGGCAGGACAUCGACGCAAAGGAGCUACAACUGGAUGACGAAGAUGCGACGCCGCUGUCCUUGACUCUGUGGGAGAUCAUCUGCCGCCUGCGCAAGAUCAGCGAGCCGAUCACUUUUUUCGGCGAGAAGCCGAUGCAGCGGUUCCGGAGGCUGCGGGAGAAGGAAAAGGAGAAGGGGAUUCUCCUCGAGUUGAGAUCCUCCCGGGGCCACAACGCCUACCAGAAACAGAUCCGGGAGCAGGAGCAAAUGUUCGUAUCCAGUUCCCCAGCGAGUCCGUUUGGCGACGACUACUCCGACAGUGACAAAGACGUCGACCACCGUGUAGCAGAUUUAAUCAGUCCAAGCAAGCUUGAAGAUGCCGAGGUGGUCCAGAACAACAGCCAGGGUGGAGGACGACGAGAUGACGAGGCCGCUGGGGGUCGCGACAGCGACGCGCUUGCAAUUCCGGCGCCGAUAUCCUCCUCGGUCAGUAGUUCAUCGGCAGCAAAGAAGCAGCGGCGCAGAAGCUCCGCUGGUGGUCUGAGGACGGUUGCAUCUUCUGCUACAACUUCCGCACAAAAGCUGGACGGGGAAAGCAAGGCAGACGACGAAAGUGAGAAUGAAGAGGUAGAUGCGGCUCUGUCAGACGAGAAACUGCUUCGCAAGUGGAUAAAGAAGUGGACGAAAAUAUGGGAGUCGCAACUUGGCGAAGAAUUUGAAAAGGACGAAGACGCACGUUUUUCCGCCCAGGGAAAGCAUCAGCUUGCGCUCUUCAGACAGUCGAAGAAGGACAUGCAGCCACUGCUGAAAAGGUUGAAGAAGCAAGACCUUGAAAGAGAUACAGUAGUGCUUCUCAAAGAGAUGGCAGUGCUGUGUGACAAGCGGGAAUACCGUCUGGCGAGUGAAAAAUACAUCGAAUUAACAGUCGGAAACGCCGCAUGGCCGGUCGGUGUCACCUCCGUCGGGAUUCACGAGCGGGUGGGGCGAAGUAAGAUCUCCAGCAGUAAUAUCGCCAAUACUCUGAACGACGACACCACGAGAAAGUGUAUGCAAGUGUUUAAAAGACUGAUGAAGCAGUGCCAAACAACAAACCCUCCUGAUGACGGUUCCAAUGUGUUGUAA